GAGAACCAGCACACAGCAGAGUAGCACCUGAUCGAUCGAUCUCCUACUACUAGCUCGUUCGCUUUCACAACCAGGGAGCAGCAAUGGCAUCUGCUGCUACUACUCUCCUCAAGUCGUCAUUCCUCCCCAAGAAGGCUGAAUGGGGAUCCAAGCACCAGCUGGUUGCCGCUCAUCCCAGGCCGGCGACCGUCGUCGUCUCCAUGGUUGCCCGCGCUAGCGCCUACGCUGACGAGCUUGUCCAGACCGCGAAAACCAUCGCGUCGCCGGGAAGGGGCAUCCUCGCCAUGGACGAGUCGAACGCGACCUGCGGGAAGAGGCUCGACUCCAUCGGCCUCGAGAACACCGAGGCCAACCGCCAGGCCUACAGGACCCUCCUCGUCAGCGCUCCAGGCCUGGGACAGUACAUCUCUGGUGCCAUCCUCUUCGAGGAGACCCUCUACCAGUCGACCGUCGACGGCAAGAAGAUCGUCGACGUGCUUAGUGAGCAGGGAAUCGUGCCUGGUAUCAAGGUCGACAAGGGUCUUGUGCCACUCGCUGGCUCCAACAACGAGUCAUGGUGCCAAGGUCUCGAUGGCCUUGCUUCACGUGAGGCAGCCUACUACCAGGCCGGUGCCCGCUUCGCCAAAUGGCGCACUGUUGUCAGCAUCCCCAACGGUCCAUCUCAACUAGCCGUGAAGGAAGCUGCCUGGGGCCUCGCCCGCUACGCCGCCAUCUCACAGGAAAAUGGUCUGGUGCCGAUCGUGGAGCCCGAGAUCCUUCUGGAUGGCGAGCACGGCAUCGAGAGGACCUUCGAGGUGGCGCAGAAGGUGUGGGCGGAGACCUUCUUCUACAUGGCCGAGAACAGCGUGAUGUUCGAGGGCAUCCUGCUGAAGCCCAGCAUGGUGACCCCUGGUGCCGAGUGCGAGGAGAAGGCCACCCCGGAGCAAGUAGCCGAGUACACCCUCAGGCUCCUGCGCACAAGGAUCCCUCCCGCCGUGCCGGGCAUCAUGUUCCUGUCCGGCGGGCAGUCUGAGGUGGAGGCGACCCAGAACCUGAACGCCAUGAACCAGAGCCCCAACCCGUGGCACGUGUCCUUCUCCUACGCCAGGGCGCUGCAGAACACCUGCCUCAAGACGUGGGGCGGCAGGCCCGAGAACGUCAAGGCGGCGCAGGACGCGCUGCUGCUGCGCGCCAAGGCCAACUCCCUGGCGCAGCUCGGCAAGUACACCGGCGAUGGCGAGGCCGCGGCGGCAAAGGAGGGCAUGUUCGUCAAGAACUACAGCUACUAAUUAAAGACGACGGCGAUACACCACUCCUGCUGCUAGUACGUUCCUCGAUCGGGGGCGGUGCCGUUACAGGUUUCAGCUGGAAAACAUACACUACUGCAAAUUUUACUGCUACCCUGAGUGAAAACAUGGAACGGGUCACUGGAUUUGGGCAUCAUUUUUCUAGAGAAGAGGUCGACACACGAUAAUACUCACUAGUACACAGAAUCUUGACGGUACUAAAGCUAUUUACACUAACGUUUUUUUAUGCCU